CUCCCACUACCAUAUUUCCUCUCACUGUGGAAACGCUAAGGGGAUUCUUCACAUGUAUUCAUUCAUCAGGUGAAAUAUCUGUUCCAUCUGUGGCUGGAUCCCUUCUAGCCGUGACCCGGUUGGGGUUCGGCGAAUGUAUGGCAAGUGACGUCACUUGCUGCCAAUAAACUGCGAAACUAGCGUGGAAGGACUAUUUAAUUGAUAGAUGAAUUACAUCUUAUUGGAUUUUUGUUUAUCAAACAUCAAGCAAAAUAGUAGAUUAAAGACUUGUCUAGGUAGAGAAGAAACACUGAGCGCGACCAACGAGGAUGUUUAAAAAAUUUGAUGAGAAGGAAAAUGUUUCCAACUGUAUUCAGUUGAAGACCUCUGUAAUCAAAGGCAUCAAAAACCAGCUGUUGGACCAGUUUCCAGACAUUGAGUCAUGGCUCAACCAUAUCAUGCCAAAAAAGGACCCUGUCAAAAUAGUGAGAUGCCAUGAACACAUUGAAAUCUUGACAGUGAAUGGAGAAUUGCUCUUCUUCAGACAAAGAGAAGGACCGUUCUACCCAACUCUCCGACUGCUCCAUAACUACCCCUUUAUUCUUCCACACCAACAAGUAGACAAAGGGGCCAUCAAGUUUGUCUUAAGUGGAGCCAAUAUCAUGUGCCCUGGAUUGACAUCCCCAGGCGCCAAACUCUACCCUUCUGCCUCAGAAACAGUAGUUGCCAUAAUGGCGGAGGGCAAGCAAUAUGCGCUUUGUGUCGGAGUCAUGAAGAUGUCUGCAGAAAACAUAGAGAAAGUCAACAAGGGAGUAGGAGUUGAAAAUGUUCAUUAUCUUAAUGACGGACUGUGGCACAUGAAGACGUAUAAGUGAUGUCGUUACCCACCCCCUGGACAACAUGGAGCUGUUGACAGCGAGGCUGCCAGUCAAUUGUUUACACCAACGGACUUAGUUGUGUAACUAGCUGGAGGCUUUGAACCUACCUCCAACUGAUGCACAAAUAAAAACCUGCAUUUAAAGUUAUUUUCCAUUCUUUUGCACUGCCUUUACAUUUCAUGGUUUCUUUGCUAAAGUCAUUGGGACUCACUUGCUACCAGGAGAAAAACAUCUGUAAUGGAUUGUAGAUCAUAGUGCCAUGUAUAUGCUGUUACAUGUAUUUAUGACAUGAAAUCAAUAAAGAAUACUCUGGCGAGUUGGAGGCUAAAGAAAGAUAAACUCAGAUUUUUUUAGGGGGGUCAGUUACAUUCUCUCUUUGCAGUGAACAUUUAAUUGCCAAAGUUUCGGCACGCAUGGUCUUCAUUAGGUGAUGUAUUUAUGAAAACUAAAGUAAUCUAGCAGACACUUCCAUAUGCCAGGAUGUACAAUGAUGCUUGAUGGGGCAUGAAUACAGACAGGCAUAACUGGUAAACAUUCGAAAAGAAUGUCACAUUCACAGUUUAAUGAAAUAAUUUUUUUAUAAAUGGCAACUCGAGUUGAGGAUAGUUUGUUUGGAGCUCUGGGAGAAUCAAUUGUUUUUGCUCGGCGACUACGUUUUCUUCUCACCGUGGAAACAAUACAAUAAUCAAUAUGAAGGUACAUGGAGAACAAGUAUAGCCUACAUAAAAAUACUCAAACUACAGUUGGGCUAGGGGUACAAUAACACAUAACAUAAAGACGUUAAGGGAUUUACAGUGCAUUUGGAAAGUAUUCAGACCCCUUGACUUUCUACAUUUUGUUACAUUACAGCCUUAUUCUAAAAUGG